UAUUUUGGCUCCUAUGAUACUCGUCCUUCAGCCGUCCUACCGCCGUAGGUUGACAGUUGACAUUUUGAGUAAUUAACAACACUUGUAUGUUUGGUCGCAGAGUCAUGUCGUCAGGAGCAGGCUCUAGUGGAACUGGACGAGGACGUGGCUCCUCCUUGGCAGACAAUAAACCAGACAGUAAAGAAGCUAAGCCAAAUCCAAAGAUGUCGAAAGCGUUAGGAACGUCCGCUAAGAGGAUACAAAAGGAACUGGCAGAAAUUACGCUUGAUCCACCCCCGAAUUGCAGCGCAGGACCGAAAGGUGAUAACUUGUACGAAUGGGUUUCCACCAUUUUGGGUCCUCCCGGUUCAGUUUAUGAGGGUGGUGUCUUCUUUCUUGACAUACACUUUUCUCCAGAAUAUCCUUUUAAGCCUCCGAAGGUUACAUUCCGAACGCGCAUCUACCAUUGCAAUAUAAACAGUCAAGGAGUCAUCUGCUUGGACAUAUUAAAGGACAAUUGGUCCCCCGCGUUGACAAUUUCGAAAGUAUUAUUGUCAAUAUGUUCCCUUUUAACAGACUGCAAUCCAGCUGAUCCGCUGGUCGGUAGUAUAGCCACGCAAUACCUGCAAAAUAGAGAAGAACACGAUCGCAUAGCACGGCUUUGGACCAAGCGCUAUGCUACAUGAGCGUACUCUUAAUUCAUAUUAAACUCCUAUUAGUCUCAUGCCAACUUAUGAUCAGUGCCGCUCUCAUACAACUUGUCUCAUAUGUAGCCUGUAUACAUCUUUAUCUAUGAUCAUGUUGGUCGGCAAAACACAAGUGAGCGAAGACCGUUUGAGAUCAGCUCAAACAUGAUUGUGAUGUGCUUUUAUGUAGAGUAUGUAAUGUGCCUAAGACGGAUGAAUGUGCGUGUAAGUGUUUCAACGGUGUGCUAGGGCAUAACGAGACAGGAGUUUUUUCACUUAAAAGUUACAAUGAGAUAGUAUUUAAAUGAAUUGUAUUGUUUACAAACAAUACCACCCACAAUGCCGCUAAUGGUUUUAGAAUAGGAGAUAACAUGAACAAUAUUGGUAAUCUAAAUUGUAAGUAAUAGAUAUGUAGGCGAUAAGACGCGAACGUAGAGGCCCAUUUUUCCAUAAUUAAACCCCCAUAUUUUUAUAUUGAAUUGUCUUACAUUUAAAUUAUUACGUUCACACAUGUAAAGCCUAACUGAAGAUGCAGGCUAACAACAUGUAACUAUAAUUUAGCUGCUGCAAAACUACCGUAUUCAACUUUGUGUUCAUAAUACAGUAAUUGUAAUGUUCUGCAUGAAGCAGACAGUAUGCUUGCGCUAUCAGACACAAUUAAAUUGUCUGGGCCCGUCUGCAAAAAUAUAUUGUAACUGUAAAUAAAUAUUAUUUACUGUAUACUUAUACGCUGGUACGUUCAAGAAACUUAAAAUUCUGUCCUGGAUUCAUAUUCUGUCUAAACAAUAAUCUGUAUGUGUAAAAAUGAUGUUUUACUGUGAUUGCACCAAUAAUUAUGGUUCACUAAGCUUAGAAAUUUCUUAUUCUUUUUUAUCACUUUUAGCUUUUUAGUUUUUAAUGUAGAAAAAGAAAAUGUUAAGUGCUAAUCAAUGUUGGUGUAAUCCAUCUCGCGUUCUAGAACUUUUUAUCAUUUUAUUGUAUUCGAGGGGAUACUUACAUAUCGAUUUUGUUGCAUACUCGAAUUCUAAAAUAUCUGAGUAUGUUAUUUUGUUGUCUUCAAUGUGUCAGGUAUAUAUGUGUAUGUCUCUCCUGAAUAAUUUCUCGUAGUUUUUUUAUAUGUGACAAUUAGACGAGCAAGGUGAUUAAAAUCACUUUGUACAUAUCUGUUCUAAAAUCUAAAAUAUAGAUAGUUGCUUAAAAGUAUCGGGUAGUGUGAGUGUAAUUAUAGUUUAUAAAAAACGAAAUGAUGAAGUGGAGAGAAGCUCGCUGAACGGACACUGAUAUUGUACAGUUUAUUGUGUAAAGUACACACUUUACAUCCUUUUCGCCACAUUCGAGAAAUGUAAAUAUUGCGUGAAAUGCAGAAUAUGCAAUUCGCGUAAGUUCCUACUAUAUGACAAAAAUUGAAUAUUCUUGGACUUUAAUUUAGUCGGCGAACUUUGACUUCUUAUAUUUUGUAAGUCAGUAUGCAGUUUCAACUUUAUGAAUUGAAAUGGGAGAGCUCAAUCCUCCCUCGCGUUUGUAAAUAGAUCAUUAUACAUAAGAUAGUUCGUGUACUUGCCCGGGUGCAUUUAAAAAUUACCAGAAUAUUAACAAAACGUAAUAGAUCUCGUUAUUUCUAAAAACGUGUAUACAUUAAAUAAAUAUACCUGGAAACGAGAGCACUUUUAAAAUCAAUCUGACAAUUGAGGCGUAUUGAAGUCUCUUGUAAAAAAAAGAUUACAAGAAAGGGAAAACCCAUUGUGGCAAUUAUCUACAUGUUUUCGAUAAUCUAAAAUUAUAUAAUACGCCUCAAAGUCAGUUGAUCCAUGAACACUUAUUUGCGCGUAUAAGAGGUAUUAAUAUCAAAGAGAAAAAAAGCAAAUGUACACAGGACAGUCUUAUAUAUUGGUAAAUGACCUUUUAACUAAUGAUAUAACGAAUGAAAUACAAUUUAUUAUACGCUGGUCU